AUGAAACUUAAUGCAAUGAAUGACAUGGCCUGUCCAUCACCAUUGAAAAACAGAGAUUUUGUUCUACAAAGAUCAUGGCUUGAUACUGGAAUAGAGCAAUUAAUUUUGAAUCAUUCUGUUUUUCAUAAAGAUUAUCCACCAAGAAAGCAAUUUGUACGGGCAACAUCUUAUCUUACAGGAUAUAUUGUAAGACCAUCUCGAAAUGGCGAUGGUUCUGAGUUGGGUUAUGUAUCUCAUACCGAUCCACAUGGAAAAUUACCAGUUUGGCUAGUUAAUAAAGUUACACAAAUAUUUGCUCCAAGAAUGGUUAAAAAGUUACAUAAAGCUUCUAUAGCUUAUCCUAAUUGGAAAUUACUUAAUAAUCCAAAUUAUAAACCUUGGCAUUUUCCAGAACAAAUAACAUCACCACGUAUAAAAAUUGGAGAUGAUGCCAAAAAUAGGAUUUAUUGUCUUCAACGUACAGGAAUUAAAUAUAUAUAUGUUCCUUCUUUAAUCGAAGGAAUAUCGGAUCUGCGCGAACGGUUUGAGACACUGAAAACGGACAGAACAAUAUGAACAGAAUAAUACGAACACUAAACUCGGAAAACUAGUUUAACGCAAGAAAAUAACGUUAAAAUAACAUAACUAUAACACACGAAACACGCUCUAAUUCGACUUCCUUUAACACCGAACGACUCACGCCUGUGGCGGUCACGAUCUAUUUCUACGAGGACCCUGUGUCGUCGAGGGUCUUGUUUUUAUACUUUUUGCAAACCUCGAUGGCGUGCUUUUUUCAAUCGCUAAUUGGCUAAUAUGAUUCAGCCCAUUAGCAAUUUGCUCCUAUAAAAAGAACGUCACUUUCCGGAUUCGCAAUUCGCUCUCCUCGACGAUUACGAUUUCAGCAUCGGUUUCAAUUUGCUUCUAGAAAAAUGUCAUGCAUAGGUCAUCGACCGGUUUAUAAUUUGUUUUUCUGAAAUAAGAAAUCCCGAAAUAGUA